AUGUAUGUUCGGGCUCGAAGAUCUCUGCAAUCAAUGCAUACUGGGACAAUCAGGCAGAGCAUUGACAAUGGCUGGGCCGAGCAGGGAGGUUACAUGCGAGCAAAGAAAUCUAAAUUGGAGAAUCAGUUCCGCCCCGAAAAGGAAGCUCUUCAAUCCGAUAUAUUCCAUGGGGUUUCUAUCUACGUCAACGGAUACACAGAUCCUCCCGCACUCGAACUGCGUGAUUUGAUUCGUGCACAUGGCGGGCAAUAUAGUGCUUACUAUAGUCGUUCAAGGGUUACACACAUAAUCGCGACUCGGCUUCCAAUGGGGAAAGUGAACAAACUUACUGACCAAAAGAUCGUCUCCAGCGCGUGGAUUAUGGAAAGUAUCAAAUUGAACCGUCUACUGCCAUGGCAACAAUUUCAACUAUAUGCCGGACGGACGGGAGGCGUAGGUCAACGGCGGAUACUCGUUGUCCCGGCUGUACAGGAUGAUGCUGGCCCAGCACUUAGAACUGAUAACUCCGUUCGUCUUGCAUCGGUUUUGCAUGCAACAUCUCGUCACAUGAUGCCGACAUCUUCAGGUAUCUCCAAACCAAUCUUCAAGCCUCGACGCUCAGUCUAUCUGGCCGCCUUCAAUAUCCUCAUUUUGAAGCAAGCAGGACAACAAGCCGCUCUUGCUUCCACACUGGACUUGCUUGGCAUUGAUGUGUGGUGUGUCUCGGCAACAAGAAUUCAAAAUGCAAUCACAGUAGUUGAGCUACCCCCCCCCCCAAAUCAGUCUCCACUCCAGCUAUGCGCCUUUGGUGAUCCAGAGGCUGCUGUGGCAGGAUGUGCAGGGGUUGGUAUCGUGCUAAGUCACGGGGUGGAAGUAUCUUUGCGCCUGUCAGCUCCUGUGGAUGCUGAAGCUUCUGACGGGAUAGGUGAACACACGAUGCCUGAACAACACGAAGCUGUUAUAUCAGUUGAUAUGGCAAACUCAGGAAUCAGUGAGUCUCCUAAAGGUAAAACAGGUCGUCGCCUGCAACAAAUGCGACUAGAUGCCUGUCUGUCACCUCCCAAAAAGUCCACCGGCAAUCUACCACAUCUGAAACCCAGUGGGGCAAUAUCCCUGAAGCAGUUGCUCCAGGGGUCCGUACGCAGUAUCCCGAUAAGUGCAUCGAAUCAGAAGACUAUCGAUUCCAGUUCAUCGGAGAAUCAAACGAUCCCAUCUCCACCACAUCCAACCGACACGGAUGCACAAUUAGCUACCUUUUAUGCACGAUCCAGACUACAUCACCUCUCUUCGUGGGCCAAUGAGCUGCGCGAUUUGGUCCAGCAGCUUCGUGAUGAUCCAGCUUACUCCGAGUCGGGCUUUGGCGAAGAAUGGAAGCGAUCUGUAAUUCUUCAAAGCACAGUUGACCCAUCCGUUGUUGUCACGCUUCGCGCAAGUCAAACUCGUUCAUCCACCAAGCACACACCGCCGCAGCAUCGUGUGUACUUUCAUAUUGACAUGGAUUGCUUUUUCGUCUCCGUCAGUCUGCGUAAUAGACCAGAACUAAAAGACAAACCGGUGGCAAUCACUCACGCAAGUUCAUCAGGAGAUGACAAGACUUCAAUUCAUCGACGUUCCGGGGUGCAUUCUAUGUCUGAGGUGGCAUCCUGUUCGUAUACGGCAAGACAAACUUCCGGACGUGUGAGAGUGUACGGAGAGCUCUCCAAAAGCUUCCGCACACAAAGCGGUGUCCGUCAGGGAUGCCCACUCUCUCCAUUCCUUUUUAACUUUGUGAUCGAUGAAAUAAUGAGACGAACGCUGGAGGGUCUCCAAAACCCUGGUGUUCAAAUAGCCAGUGAAGAAAACCUUGUCGAUCUGGAAUAUGCAGACGACAUCGUUCUCAUGUUCGAAGAGGAGGAGAAGGCGCAAGUAUUCUUGGAUGAACUGACCAAAGUCAUCCCGUCCUUUGGUAUGCAUUUUGCACCCACAAAGUGUAAGGUCAUGCUUGUGGACGUGCAGUCACUGAACACGCCCCUUACAAUCCAGGGAGAGGUACUGGAAGUUGUGGAGCGUUUUACGUACCUUGGAAGUUGUAUUAGUUCUGAUUGCAGUGUGACAGAUGAGGUGAAUGCACGAAUCUGCAAGGCUCGGGCCGCGUUUGCUAACUUGAGACACCUAUGGCGUCAGAAUGGUUUAUCCCUGAAUCUGAAGGGACGUGUGUAUCAAGCUACAGUACGGGCUGUUUUGUUGUAUGGCUGUGAGACUUGGCCUAUUCGAGCAGCGGACCUGAGACGUCUUCAGGUGUUCGACAAUCGUUGUCUCAGAACCAUAGCUCGUGUGGGUUGGUGUCGGCGAAUCCGUAACGAGGCAGUUAGAAAGCGUGUUUUCGGUUGUGUAACGGGUACUUCCAUUGAAGAAUGUGUCCAGCACCAGAAGCUGCGUUGGUUGGGACAUGUGUUACGUAUGCCGAACCAUCGUUUGCCGAAGAGAGUGCUGUUUUCCAUGCCCAAUUCAGAGUGGCGUAAACAGAGAGGUGGCCAACCCUUGACUUGGCAGAGGAGUAUGAAGGAGAUCACGAAACGCUCUGGUGCUAUCGGUGCUACUCGCCUUCCAGGGUGGGGACGGCGUAAUCCUCACUGUGCCUGGUUGGAGACACUACAAGAUAUGGCUGCCAACCGAUGUCAGUGGCGUUCUUGUUGUCAGUUUCUGUCCAGAUUGCCUGAUUUCACUUUGAACAUCCAGGCGGUGAGCUGUGAUGAGCUUUAUGCGGAUUGCACGGAUCUUCUAUCGUUAGACCAUAUAGGUUCCGGAAGUAAUUGUCACCAAGCCAAUCUCUCAGGCCAGGAAGCGUGUUUGACUCAACGAAUCGUCAAUCCGCUACUGUUAGGCUCUCGUCUACGCUCACUAGUGGAAGAGAGAUCUGGCGGGUGCACAGCAUCAAUCGGUUUCGGGAGCAGUAAACUGUUGGCUCGUCUAGCCACAAAGAAAGCAAAACCGAAUGGCCAAGUCUGGUUUCUGGGCGUCAGCGGUGAUCAGAACCCUGGCAAUUGCGCUUGGCGUUGGGCUAUUGAGGAACUGAACUCUUCCAUCUCCGAUACUUCGUUGCCAACUGCCGGUCUGUAUUCCGACUGUGAGCUCACGGGAUCCGAUGCAGAGUGGCUGAGUGAUUUACCGCUUCAAGAAUUACCAGGUAUUGGCAGAGUGUUAGUUGUGAAAUUGGCGACGGCCUUCAACGUGACAACGUGUGGCGAACUCAUGCGCGGAGUGACGCGUGGUCAACUAAUUGACCUUGUCGGACGGAAAACUGGGGAACGUCUCUACUGGCUUUGCCGUGGUCGGGAUCCGUGUGACCAGCUGCACGUACAAAAGCCUUGCAAGUCGGUGUCAGCGUGCAUGAACUACGGUAUACGAUUACAAACGUUGGCCGACAUGGAGAAGCUGGUGCGUUCGCUGACAACUGAGUUGGUGUCACGUAUGUCCAACACCAAACUGACGCAAGACAGUUCCGUGCGAGGCGGUGUUCAGGGUCAGAAUCUCACUGUUCGCGUAUUCAUUAGAGCUCCAAACGCGCCGCAAGAAUCGGCAAAGUUUAUGGGCCAUGGUAUCUGCAAAAAGGCCAGUCGCAUGAUCUCAUUACCAGAGGCGACAGCUGAUCCUCAAGUCAUCCAACGAUUCACCAUGUCUGUACUCCGUCAGCUAUGUCCAGACGUGAAGGAUCUGCGUGGUUUGGGUCUUCAGAUGAAUCGUCUCUCAAUGUCGACAGUGGAUCGUUGUGUUAAUAAUCCACUGGCAAAGCCGUCUUCGAAUACCUUAUCUCCUCCGACCGCAUCAUCUGUGAGUCCCACUUCCUGUCCGGUAAUCAAAGAAGUUCCGCUAAAACCUGCUGUCAUUUCCGAACCGGUUAUAUCAGGCGCCCAGGCUUCGGAAGUAUCACAUACACCUGUGCGUGUCCGACGGAGGUCUCUUCGCUUGAAGCGCCCUAAUUCAUCCUCUGGGCUUCCAAAUCCUACCGUUCCGAGCUUCAACUCCAUGGGCUCCCUCUCACCGUUGUGCGUAAACACAGCGUUGACUUCGAAUGACCCACCUCGAUCUGCCGACGAUAUUGUUGUCCCGUCCAAUAUUUCGAACCCGCAGUUACCGGAUGCAGAAGUAUCCCCAAAUCAAUACAUCUGCCGGGACGUUGACUGUCAUGUUUCACCACUGCCGAGCAGCACACCUUUGCCUCGGAAGCACGCACCACGCCACGUGCAACCGCACAGUCCACUAAAAGGGAUAGGUCGGGUUGCAAAUAACGCACUAUCGCCUAUCAAGCCAAAAACAUUGGCAAGUCCGGGUCUCCUGACACAGACUGGUGCAGACACUACUGGGUUGUUUGCUACGAAGACAAUGGACCAAAUAAAACAAAUCUUCGCCAAUUGGAUUACCAGUGAACCCUGUGCUGGUUACAUUGGUUCCGAGGAAAUCGGUCAACUGCCAUACGUGACCAAACCCACACAACAAAUGGGAUGUGGCCAGUUCAUCCAUCGCUACAACCCGAGCCCGAAAGUGGCGGUUCCAGCCGCCAUAGCUUCAUCUAAUGCGGAUAAAGGUAACCAUGCGUCACAGGAGAUUGCACAACCAGUUAGACCGACGUUACCGAACUCUUACCCGGUUAUCAAGCACUACGCGGAGAAAGCCAUUGCGAUCGUCAUCGUCAGGGUCACCAACCAUCGUCCUGGGGCUUUCAUCAGGGGGACACGCAGUAACCAAGGCGACUGA